AUGAAAUCUUCAACGAAUAUCACUUUCGCAUUCCUCGCAACCGUCUCCCUCGGUCUCUCCCUCCCAGAUGCAUCCCCAAUCCUCAAUGCCCGCGCCUCAAUCUGCACCCCCAUCGCCGGAGGAUCCUCCUCCACCGACGACGUGCCCUCCAUCACAUCCGCAAUCGCGUCCUGCAGCAGCGGGACAAUCGUGAUCCCAUCCGGAACGACAUACUACCUCAACAGCGUGCUGGAUUUCGCCGGAUGCAGUGGCUGUGAUUUCCAGGUCGAGGGGCUGUUGAAGUUUAGCUCGUCGACUAGUUAUUGGAGUGGACGGACGGCGAUGAUCAACGUCAAGAAUAUUAGUGGGUUGAAGAUACGGUCGUUGACGGGGAAGGGGGUUAUCGAUGGGAACGGGCAGAACGCAUGGGAUCUUUUCGCUUCGGAUAGUAGUUAUGCGCGCCCAACACUACUCUACAUAACCGGCGGCUCGGACAUAACAAUCUCCAACCUCCGCCAAAAGAACCCGCCGAACGUCUUCAACUCGGUCAAAGGCGGCACAUCCAACAUCGCCUUCACAUCCCUCACAAUGGACGCAACGUCCAAAAGCACCAACGCCCCCAAAAACACCGACGGCUUCGACAUCGGCGCCAGCACGAACGUCCUCAUAAACAACGUCCACGUCACCAACGACGACGACUGCGUCGCCUUCAAGCCCGGCGCAAACGGGGUCACCGUCACGGACAUAACAUGCGUCGGCAGCCACGGGUUAUCCGUGGGCUCGCUGGGGAAGAGUUCCGACGAUACCGUGAAGAACGUGUACGUGUCCGGCGCGACGAUGGUCAAUUCGACCAAGGCGGCGGGGAUCAAGACGUACCCCUCUGGGGGGAGUCAUGGACAGUCGACCGUUUCGAAUGUGACGUGGACCGGGGUCGUCGUUGACGGGUGUGAUUAUGCGAUUCAAAUUCAGAGUUGUUAUGGGGAGGAUGCGAGUUAUUGUGCAGAGUACCCCGGGGAUGCGGACUUGAGUGGAAUUGUGUUUGAUGGGUUUAGUGGGACGACGAGUGGGAACUACGGGUCUGUCACUGGGAAUUUGAAUUGCGGUGCUGAUGGGACGUGUGGGGUGAAGGUGAGUUCGUAUACUGUCAAGGCGUUGAAUGGUGGGGAUGAGGUGCUUUGUGCGAAUACUCCGUCGAGUUUAGGGAUUACUUGUACUUCGGGGGCAUCCGGUUAG